ACACAUUAAAUCAUUAUUUUAAAUCUCAUCAUCUUUAAUCAAUUCAUUGUCAUCCUACCAUCCAUUCCACAAAUUAUUUAUUUAAUCCCUAAAACCUUUCCUAUUUAUUUUUUAUUGAAACCAAGUUUUUCCUAACACAAAACUAUAUUCACUAUUGUCCCCUCUCCCACUUUGAGAUAGCCUCACAACUAGUCAUCUUCUUUACACAACUUUGUAUACACACAUAUAUAUGCAUAUAAGAGGUUGUUUUGUACUCCUAUUGACUUAAAUUUUUCGAGGAGGAAGUAGAGUAGGGCAUGCAUUGCCAUCUCCCAACUAAUAGGUGAGGCAAAGAGUAGCAAUAAAUACCUACACCUGUCUACCAUUACCCACACCUACUCUAAACAAUAAGAACAUACCCUUAGCAAAGCCCCCAACUUAGCCCCAUGUAAUGUAACAUUACAUACCCUUCUUCUAUAUAAACCACCACACAAAAAACCCUAGACUACAAACACUCCACAUUCCACUCCUUACAUAACAAUGGCCUCAAUCCACAAUAAUAUCCUCACAACAAUCUCCCUAACAAUCCUCCUCCUCGUCUCGACGACUCCCGCCGCGCACUGCUCUGGCCGUUUCGAGCAAAUCUACGCGUUCGGAGACUCGUACACCGACACUGGCAACACGAGGACCUCGACGGGCCCCACGGCCUUCAACCACGUCUCUGACCCGCCCUACGGCAUCACCUUCUUCCAUCGGCCCACCAAUCGGUACUCGGACGGGCGCAUCGUGCUCGACUUCGUGGCGGAGGCGUUGUCGCUGCCGCUCGUGCCGCCGUACCGCGACGCGGCGGCCAACCGGUCGCGCGGGGUCAACUUCGCCGUGGGAGGGGCCACCGCCAUACGCCACGGCUUCUUCGUGAAGAACAACGUGACGUUCAAUCUAGUGCCACAGUCGCUCCAGACGCAGCUCGUCUGGUUCGACAAGGUUUUGCUGGGGAGCGCGGGAUGCGCGGACCGCAGGAGCACGCCCACACAGUGUGAGGGUGCUCUUGGGGAUGCCUUGAUUUGGGUGGGUGAGGUCGGGGCGAAUGAUUACACGUGCAGCCUAGGUUCGAGUCUCUCGAGUAAGGUUAUACGGAGUCUUGCCAUACGGAGUGUUGUCGGGUUCUUACAGGCGGUGCUGAACAAGGGGGCAAAAUACAUAGUCGUCCAGGGGCUGCCCCCAACGGGCUGCGUACCCUACUCCUUCUCCCUCGCCUCCCCCGAAGACCGAGACGAGAUGGGCUGCGUGGCCAGCGUCAACCGCAUAACCCAGGCCCACAACGCGGCCCUGCAGGCCCAGCUACGCUCCCUCCGGGCCCAACACCCGCAGGCCGUUAUCCUCUAUGCCGACUACUACAAUUCCCACCUCACCCUCCUCAAGAACGCCACGCGCUACGGCUUCCGGCAGCCGUACCGCGUCUGCUGCGGCUACGGCGGCGGAGCCCUCAACUUCGACGUGUUCAACACGUGCGGGUCGAGCUCGUCCACCUCCUGCCCCGACCCUUCCGAGUACAUCAACUGGGACGGCGCACACUUCACGGAGGCAGCGUACAAGGUCAUCACGACGUCGUUUCUGGGUGGGGAGUUCUGCAGACCCUCGUUUAAUUAUCUGCUCAGGAAGAAGAAGUCUGUGAAUUAAUUGCUUGUCAGAUUUCCAUUUCUCUCUUUUUUUUUUUUCUUUAAUUGAUCUGUCAGCUUUUAUCAUUGAAAAUAUUUUAUUUAAUGUAUUUUGGGUGUUUGAUUGUCGCUUUUUGAAAGUUUAGGGUUUCGUGCGCGAGGAAUUUAUUUAUGUUGUGAUGAUGAUUUGACUGUGCGCUGUUGUUUUGUUAAUUAAAUAAACUAUACCUUUCUACUAGUAUUCAUUUUUCAACUCCACGUUUUGUGUACUUCAUCGGAAAAUUCCACUCUUCUCUGGAGAAAG